AUGCCAGAUCCAAAAGUGAUCUUCUUUCACGUUGGAACCAACGAUGCACGAGACCUGAAGGACUCAGCAGCAGUAUCCGAAGGUUUCCGAAAUCUGAUCAAUUCGUCCCACAACAAAUUCCCUCACUCCUCCUUGGUUUUCUCCUCAAUCCUACCAAGAGACAACCAUGACCUGCAGACAAUAGGUGAUAACGUGAACUCCUACUUGCAAGUCGUAGCAGAAGAGACGAGCUACGUGCACCUAGCCAACAAUACCAACCUGUCUCAGAAGGGGGUAAUAAACAAAUCGCUCUACAACUCGGAUGGGUACCACCUAAACAGGUACGGGAUCCGGGUCCUAGCCUCUAAUAUCAAGAAAACUGUCAAUCCUCUUAUGGGCCUAGGCCAAUACACAGGUAGAGGAGCUCGCCCGGAGAACUCAAGCCGCAACCUAACACCUGCCAUCGCGUCAAGGAAGGCUCCUCCAGCAGACAAACGUCCAAAACAGAUGAUUGACCGACCUAACGGCAACCAGAAUGGCAGGAUGUCGUACAGAGAAGCUGUGCUCCAGUCCCCCAA